ACAAUGGAGAGCUGCUGUUUAGCUGAAAUUCUAUGGAUACUUUAAAUACAAGAAACAAGGGAUUAAACCUAAACUGCAUACCCAUGGGAUUAUAAAAAGAGCUUUAUUUCCUAACAUCUCAAGAUAUGGACACGAGAAGUCCCUUAAAUACUUGGAAAUGGCAAGUAAUAUCAUUCUUUCUUUGUAGCUGGGGCUGGGUCUCUGGGCAGCAUCGAUAUUCUAUUGUUGAGGAAUCUGAUCCAGGCACAUUAAUAGGGAAUGUAGCUCAGGAUCUGGGGAUAAACCCGGCAGAUAUUAAUAAAAGGCAGAUGGUUUUGAGAUCUGAAGGAAGCAGUAGAUUUUUUACUGUGAAAAGUGGAGCUUUGAUUGUAAAUGAAAGGAUUGAUAGAGAAAGUCUAUGUGGAUCCAGCUCAAUUUGUUUACUGUAUUUAGAAAUAAUAGCUGAAAAUCCAUUGGAACUGUUCAGUUUGGAAAUUGAAAUUUUAGAUGUAAAUGAUAAUUCUCCUACAUUUUUAAAUGCUAAUCAGAUUAUACAAAUUUUAGAAAUAGUAGCUAAUCCUGGAAACAAAUUCCAUUUACAAACUGCAAAGGACCAAGAUGUGGGGAUUAAUGGUGUUACUCAGUACAGACUGAAUCCAAACCCUUAUUUUUCUUUGUCUGUAAAGAAUCGUAAGGAUGGAACACUAAUUCCUGAAUUAGUGCUAGAAAAAAUUCUAGACAGGGAGGAAAAAAGGGAGCACAGACUGAUACUUACUGCUUCUGAUGGAGGAGAAAACCCACAGACAGGAUCUUGUGAGGUUACUGUUAUAGUCCUAGAUAUUAAUGACAAUGCACCAGUGUUUGAUCAAUCAACAUACAAGAUCAGUUUAUUGGAGAACCUCCCAUUAAAUACAGUUAUAAUAAAACUCAAUGCUACAGACUUAGAUGAAGGCUCCAAUGGGGAUGUUCAAUAUUCCUUUGUUCAAAACACUUUAGAUACAGCAACAGAAAUAUUUGAUUUAAACCCACAAACAGGAGAAAUAUUUGUUAAGGGGAAUAUAGACUUUGAAAAAUCACAGAUUUAUGAAUUAAAUGUCAGAGCACAAGACAAAGGAGUACCUGAAUUAGAGGGACGCUGCCUUAUCCAGAUUGAGGUACAAGAUGAAAAUGAUAAUACUCCAGAAAUCCUCUUUACCUCCAAGACAAACGAAAUACCAGAAAAUGCACCACUGGGAACAGUUGUUGGCUUCAUCAGUGUCAGAGAUAAAGAUUCAGGGAGAAAUGGAGAGAUAAAGUUAGAUGUAUCACCAAAUAUACCUUUUAAAUGUAAAUCCAUUAACAACCGGUAUUCAUUAGUCACUAGUGGACAUCUGGAUAGGGAAAGGGUGACUCAAUAUACUAUUCAGCUUACUGUAUCUGAUUUAGGGUCUCCGCCUUUAUAUAAUAAGACUGUAAUUAUCUUAAAUAUUUCGGAUAUUAAUGAUAAUCGUCCAGCAUUUCUUCAGCCAGUUUAUAAUGCUUUCAUCAAUGAAAACAAUGAGCCAGGCCAUUUAUUGUGCACUGUAUCUGCUACUGAUCCAGAUGAAGGAGUUAACUCAGAUGUGUCUUACUCAGUAGUUGAAAGCCAAAUAGAUGGUUCUGCUGUCUCUUCUUGUGUGUACAUCAACUCUCAAAAUGGUAAUAUUUAUUCGCAGCGCGCUUUUGACUAUGAGCAGAUUCAGGUAUUACAAAUCACAGUAAGAGUGGAAGAUGCAGGAUUUCCCAAGUUAUUUUCUAAUGUUUCAGUCUUCAUAUUCAUUAUGGAUGCAAAUGAUAACACCCCAUCAAUAUUAUAUCCACAUUAUUCAGCGGACCUCAUUUACCAGGAAAAUAUUCCAAGAUCAGGAUCUGUUGGUUAUUUGGUCACCAAAGUGUCUGCUGUGGAUCGUGACUCAGGCCAGAAUGCUUGGCUUGUCUAUAGUAUUCUUCAAUCUUCCAGUAACAGUUUAUUUCAGAUCUCAACAUAUUCAGGAGAAAUUAGAACUCUGCGUGAUAUUCAUGAAACAGAUAAUAACGAGCAACAGCUUGUUGUUUUAGUCAGUGAUCAUGGAGAGCCACAACUGUCAGCUACCAUCACCAUACAUGUUAAUAUAAUAGACAACAUAAUAAAUGAAGGACCAAAAUCUCAGGAUUUCCUUACAAAUUCUAAACCCACACCAGACAUAACUUUAUAUUUAAUCAUUUCACUGGUGGCAAUCAGUUUGGUUUCAGUUGUAACUUUUGUCAUAUUGCUUGUGAAAUGCUUAAAACAGGGAAAUUAUGACAACAGUUGUGGCUCUUGUUUUUCUAACAAAUCCCAACACAAGCAGUAUGCAGGAGAGUAUCAGCCAACACUUUUCCUAAACACAUGGAACCUUAAAAUACAUGGAAGUGAGAAUGGCACCUACAGAACCUCAAGGGCAAUGCUACCAGGCUUGUUUCCCUACAGCAUCAGAAAACAAUGAAUUCACCUUUAUGAAACCAUUAAAUUUCCCCCAAUUGAAUGAAAUGGUUAAUGAAACAGGGUCAACUUCUGAUUCCAAUUUUUCACCCAUACUA